AUGCAGGCCGUCAUUACCAGGUACUCCUGGAACUCUGGUUACCAGUACCAGAGAAGUUUCAGAAAUGUUGGCUCUCCACCGGUGGUGGGGGGUUUGCUAUUAACUCUGGCUCUUCUUCUCUCCCCGGGGAUGUCAUGUACGGCGCUGCCGCUGGCAUCACAGGCGGGGGCUUCGGAGGCUUCACCCAACAGCUCGAAGACGCUUUUCUGCUUGCCAACGGCACAAUCAACCGUGACGCGCUCUACAUGUUUGGAUACAAAGCCCAGCACAAACUUACUUUUGAUUGGAAAGGCCUUUACCAAGCGAUUCUUUGGGGUCAAGGAUAAGCUGUAUGCCUACUACCAGGGUUGUUCUGAGGGUGGCCGUGAAGGCUGGAGCCAAGUACAGCGCUAUGCGACGGAAUGGGAUGGCGCAGUCAUCGGCGCCCCAGCCAUGCGCUAUGGCCAGCAACAAGUCAACCACCUCUACCCAGACGUGGUGGAACACACCCUGGGCUACUACCCCCAUCCUUGCGAACUGGAGAAAAUCAUGAACUUGACCAUUACCGCCUGCGACACUCUGGAUGGUCGCAAGGAUGGCGUCGUGGCUCGAACGGAUCUCUGCAAGCUGCACUUCAACAUUAACUCGACAAUCGGUGCACACUACUCCUGUGCAGCAUCCUCCUCUACUACCCAGCUCAAGAAGCGCGUUUCUCUGAACAGCACCACCCCGGCUCAGAACGGGACUAUGUCCUUGAAGGGUGCCGCCGUGGCCAGUAAAAUGCCGGAGGGGCUUCACACCCUGGAUAGGAAACGAGCUUAUAUCUGGUACCAGCCAACGGCUGCGUUUGAUGAUGCCCAGACUCGGUACAAUUCGAAGACCGGGAAAUGGGGGCUGGACAUCACGUCCUUGGGCGGCGAAUGGACCACGAUGCCCGAUCUAACCGCAUUCCAAGCUGCCGGUGGGAAGAUCCUUACGGUUCAUGGCGAAUCAGACUCCAGUAUUCCAGCUGGCUCCUCGGUUCAUUAUCAUGAGUCAGUGCGCAGGGCCAUGUACCCGGAAUCGUCUUACCAGGAUGGCAGCCGCGCCAUGGCGGACUGCGAUGGCCCCUUCCCCCAGACGACCCUGGAGACGCUGAUUGCGUGGGUUGAAAAGGGUCAAGCCCCUGACCGGCUGAACGCCACUGUGCUCCAGGGUCAGAACAAGGGUGAGAAGCAGCAGCUGUGCACCUAG